AUGAAUCCAUUGCAGUCUGUAAACAAAUCUAACACACCGAGAGCCGUACCGAGUGCACUACCGAUUAUGGCAAGCUCCAGUUCAUUGCAUUCUUUUUCCUCUUCGCAGCAAGAACCGACUUCUGGAGAACAGUCGAAGCUUCAAAAAGUUGAAAUAUACAAUGAUUUGUGUAAUUAUGAGGAAGUUCUACAGAGACUAGUUGUUUCGGUUGAUAAAUUCAGUCCAGAUGUUAAAGCUGCCAGAGAACUUAUAGAAGUAGACUCUAAAUUAUACUCCGAUCUGGCCAAAUUCCCGGAAUUUGAUUCGAUUGAUUCAGAGUUAAAAAAGCUGGACGAAGAAUCAAAAGAAAUAGACGACCGUACUUGUAAGAUACUUGGUAUUUUAAACGAUUGCUAUAAUGAACUCAAUGCAUUGCCCAUGGUCGAACAAGUUAUUUUUGAAAUGGAAACUAUGAAAAAACAGAAGGAGAAGAUUAAUUCUAAGUUGCUCUUAGAAUACGCUAUGAAACUGGCGAAAUUCACUAGAAUACCGCCUGCGUUUAAUAAAGAUGUAAUCCGCCCAAAUAAUUUUAUAUGGCCGGCUGAGGAUGCUAUAAGGAGGGGCAUGUUAGCUGUUGCAUCUCUAAAAUCUAAAGAGUUGACGAGAAUACCUGGAAAGGAAGACUUAACCGUAGGGAUUGAUUCAGAAGAACAGGAACAUGAAGAGGAAUCGCAGGUUAAUGAUGAUAUACAAAAUAAAAAGGAAAAAAAUGUUGAAGACUCUCAACCAAAUAAUGGUUCAUUUGAAUUUAGUGCAAUAAAUACCGCUAAAAACGAGGUUUCCAGAGAUCCGGAAAGCGAAGGUCGUGAAGAUGGAGAUGCAUCGAUUGACCUAGACCUUGAUUUGUUUAACCCGGAUGAGUUCUGUCCAUUCAGACCAUAA